AUGGCAGAUGACGAAGAAUAUGAGGAGGUGGUGGAGUACUACACAGGGGACACAGUCUAUGAAGAGGUGCCGGGGGAGACAGUAACAGAAAUCUAUGAAACUACGACAACAAAGACAUCUGACUAUGGGCAAUCAGAAACGUCCAAACCGGCACUGGCACAGCCAGUACCAGCAAAGCCGGUGGGGAGGAAGAGAAUCAUUCGAAAGAAGGUGGACUCUUCAAAGUUCAUGACCCCUUACAUUGCACACAGUCAGAAAAUGCAGGAUCUCUUCAGCACAAAUAAAUACAAGGAGAACUAUGAGAAAGCAAAAGGGCAGCCAUACGCCAUCACAACUGAUACCCCAGAACUUCGCAGAAUCAAGAAAGUACAAGAUCAACUCAGUGAGGUUAAGUAUCGAAUGGAUGGCGAUGUUGCUAAAACUAUUUGUCACGUAGACGAAAAAGCAAAGGACAUUGAACAUGCAAAGAAAGUGUCGCAGCAAGUCAGUAAGGUUUUAUACAAGCAGAACUGGGAAGACACCAAGGAUAAGUACCUGCUUCCUCCUGAUGCCCCUGAACUUGUCCAGGCCAUCAAGAACACAGCCAUGUUCAGUAAGAAACUUUACACUGAAGACUGGGAAGCUGACAAAACUUUGUUUUAUCCAUAUAAUGAUAGCCCGGAGCUGAGGAGGGUUGCCCGAGCCCAGAAAGCUCUCAGUGACAUUGCCUACAAAAAAGGUCACGCUGAACAGCAAACUCAAUUCACAUCUAUUGCGGAUCCUCCAGAUAUAGAAUUUGCCAAGAAAGUGACCAAUCAAGUGAGCAAGCAAAAAUACAAGGAAGACUAUGAAAAUAAAAUCAAAGGCAAAUGGAGUGAGACACCUUGCUUUGAAGUUGCAACUGCCAGAAUGAAUACUAAUAACAUCAGCAUAAGGAAAUACCAGGAAGACUUUGAGAGUAUGAAAGACCAUAUCUACUUCAUGCAGACUGAAACACCAGAGUACAAAGUGAAUAAACAAGCUGGGGUGGCAACUAGCAAGAUAAAAUACAAAGAAGACUAUGAAAAGAAUAAAGGAAAAGCAGAUUUUAAUGUACUUCCUGCUUCAGAAAACCCACUGCUUAGGCAGCUGAAGGCGGCAGGAGUUGCCCUAAGCGAUAAACUGUACAAGGAAAACUAUGAAAAGACAAAGGCAAAGAGCAUAAAUUACUGUGAGACCCCCAAAUUUAAGCUUGAUACAGUUCUGCAGAACUUCAGUAGUGAUACUAAGUAUAAAGAUUCCUACUUAAAGAAUAUUUUGGGACAUUAUGUAGGCAGCUCUGAGGAUCCAUAUCAUACACACUGCAUGAAAGUCUCAGCUCAGAACAGUGAUAAAAACUACAAAGCAGAAUAUGAAGAGGACAGAGGCAAAGGCUUCUUCCCCCAGACCGUAACUCAAGAAUAUAAAGCAAUCAAGAAACUAGAUAAGUGUAAAGAUUACACCUACAAAGUCCAUCCAGAUAAGACAAAAUUCACUCAGGUCACCGACUCUCCUGUUCUGGUGCAAGCCCAAGUCAAUUCCAAACAGCUGAGUGAUCUAAAUUACAAAGCAAAACAUGAAAAUGAAAAGUUCAAGUGCCAUAUACCUCCAGAUACUCCUGCCCUUAUCCAGCACAGAGUCAACGCCUAUAACCUGAGUGAUAAUGUUUAUAAGUAUGACUGGGAGAAGACCAAAGCUAAGAACUUUGACAUUAAGGUGGAUGCCAUUCCCCUGCUGGCAGCCAAAGCCAAUACCAGGAUCUCUAGCGAUGUGAUGUACAAGAAAGACUAUGAGAAAAGCAAAGGAAAGAUGAUUGGAGCCCUCGGCAUUAACGAUGAUCCCAAGAUGCUGCACUCUUUGAAGACGGCCAAAAACCAGAGUGAUCAUGAAUAUCGUAAAAACUAUGAAAAGUCAAAAACUAUCUACACGGCACCCCUUGAUAUGCUCCAAGUGACUCAAGCUAAGAAAUCUCAGGCAAUUGCCAGUGAUGUGGACUAUAAGCACCUCUUACACAAUUACAGCUACCCGCUGGACAGUAUUAACAUGGACCUUGCCAAGAAGGCUUAUGCACUGCAGAGUGAUGUCCAAUACAAAGCUGACUACAAUAGCUGGAUGAAAGGUUGCGGCUGGGUACCUUUUGGGUCCUUAGAAGUGGAAAAGGCAAAGCGAGCUUCAAACAUUCUGAAUGAGAAAAAAUAUCGCCAACAUCCAGAUACUCUCAAGUUUACUUCGAUUGAAGAUGCUCCAAUUAUAGUACAGUCUAAGAUUAACCAGGCCCAGAGGAGUGAUAUUGCCUACAAAGUCAAAGGGGAGGAAAUUAUUCACAAGUACAGUCUGCCGGCGGACGUGCCCCAGUUCAUUCAGGCUAAAGUCAACGCCUACAAUAUCAGUGAGAAUAUGUACAAAGCAGACUUGAAAGAUCUGAGCAAGAAGGGAUACGACCUGAGAAACGAUGCGAUCCCCAUCAAAGCUGCCAAAGUUGCCAGGCAGGCAGCGAGUGAUGUUCACUACAAAAAAGAUUAUGAAAAAGCCAAAGGGAAAAUGGUUGGCUUCCAAAGUCUCCAAGAUGAUCCUAAACUGGUUCAUUAUGUGAAUGUGGCCAAGAUGCAAUCGGACCGGGAGUAUAAAAAAGACUAUGAGAAGACAAAGACCAAAUACAACACACCCCAUGAUAUGUUCAAUGUUGUGGCAGCUAAGAAAGCUCAGGAUGUUGCCAGCAAUGUCAACUAUAAGCAUUUGCUUCAUCACUACACCUACCUGCCUGAUGCCAUGGACCUGGAAUUGUCGAAAAACAUGAUGCACAUACAGAGCGAUAAUGUCUAUAAGGAAGACUACAACACCUGCAUGAAAGGCAUAGGCUGGAUACCUAUUGGCAGUCUGGAGGUAGAAAAAGUUAAAAAGGCAGGUAAUGCCCUGAAUGAAAGGAAGUACAGGCAACAUCCAGACACCCUCAAAUUUACCAGCAUCGUGGACUCCCCAGUUAUGGUCCAGGCAAAACAGAACACACAGCAAGUCAGUGAUAUCUUAUACAAGGCUAAAGGAGAAGAUGUGAAACAUAAAUAUACGAUGGGUCCUGAUGUUCCUCAAUUUCUCCAGGCCAAGUGUAAUGCUUACAAUAUAAGUGAUGUCUGUUAUAAACAGGACUGGCAUGAUUUAAUAGCCAAGGGCAACAAUGUGCUGGGUGAUGCUAUACCCAUCACUGCAGCCAAAGCAUCGAGAAACAUUGCCAGUGAUUAUAAAUACAAGGAAGCUUACGAGAAGGCAAAGGGAAAGCAUGUGGGUUUUAGAAGCCUCCAGGAUGAUCCUAAGCUCGUCCACUAUACGAAUGUGGCAAAGUUACAGUCUGAUCGUGAAUACAAGAAGAACUAUGAAAACACCAAAACCAGCUACCAUACCCCUGGGGACAUGGUUAGCAUUACAGCUGCAAAGAUGGCCCAGGAUGUUGCCACCAAUAUCAACUACAAGCAGCCGAUACAUCACUACACAUACCUACCUGAUGCCCUGAGUCUUGAGCAUACCAGGAAUGUGAAUCAAAUUCAGAGUGAUCAUGUAUAUAAAGAUGAGUACAACAACUUCUUCAAGGGCGUUGGAUGGAUUCCUUUUGGUUCUCUGGAGGUUGAGCAGGCCAAGAAAGCAGGCAAUGCAUUAAAUGAGAGAAAGUACCGACAGCACCCAGAUACCAUCAAGUUCACAAGUGUGCCUGAUUCCAUGGGCAUGGUUUUGGCUCAGCACAACACAAAGCAGCUAAGUGAUUUGAACUACAAGGUGGAGGGAGAGAAACGGAAGCACAAGUACACUAUGGACCCUGAUAUACCGCAGUUUAUUCAAGCCAAGGUCAAUGCCUUCAACAUGAGUGAUGCUAAGUAUAAAGCAGAUUGGAAGAAAACCCUUGCUAAGGGCUAUGAUUUGAGACCAGAUGCCAUUCCAAUUGUUGCUGCAAAAAGUUCAAGGAAUAUUGCUAGCGAUUUCAAAUAUAAGGAGGCCUACGAGAAAGCCAAAGGCAAACAAAUUGGAUUUCUCAGUCUUCAGGAUGAUCCUAAACUGGUUCACUACAUGAAUGUAGCCAAAAUACAGUCAGAUCGUGAGUACAAAAAGGGCUAUGAAGCCAGCAAGACCAAGUAUCACACCCCCUUGGAUAUGUUCAGUGUGACAGCAGCCAAGAAAUCUCAGGAGGUAGCCACCAAUGCCAACUACAGACAACCCUUCCACCAGUACACCCUGCUGCCUGAUGCCUUGAACGUGGAGCAUUCCAGGAACGCGAUGCAGAUUCAAAGUGAUAACCUGUACAAAUCCGACUUCACCAAUUGGAUGAAAGGGAUCGGCUGGGUGCCCAUAGAUUCACUGGAGGUGAAGAAGGCAAAGAAAGCAGGAGACAUUCUUAGCGAGAAGAAGUACCGCCAGCACCCUGAGAAGCUAACGUUCACAUACGCCAUGGACACAGUGGAACAAGCACUAAACAAAAGUAACAAACUGAUUAUGAACAAGAGGCUCUACACUGAAAAAUGGAACAAAGACAAGACCACCGUUCAUGUCAUGCCUGAUACUCCAGGCAUUUUACUCUCCAGAGUCAACCAAAUCACCAUGAGUGAUAAACUGUACAAAGCUGGCUGGGAAGAAGAAAAGAAGAAAGGAUAUGACCUGAGGCCUGAUGCCAUCCCAAUAAAGGCUGCAAGAGCCUCCAGAGACAUUGCCAGUGAUUACAAGUACAGGCAAGCCUAUGAACAAGCCAAAGGGAAACAAAUUGGCUUCCGGAGCCUAGAGGACGACCCCAAGUUGGUGCACUUCAUGCAAGUGGCCAAGAUGCAGUCAGACCGGGAGUACAAGAAGGCGUACGAGAAAUCCAAGACAUCCUUCCACACCCCGGCGGACAUGCUCAGCAUGGUGGCAGCCAAGAAGUCUCAGGAAGUGGCCACCAACACUGACUACAGGAACGUGAUCCAUACCUACAACAUACUUCCUGAUGCCAUGAGCUUUGUAUUGGCCAAAAACAUGAUGCAGAUUCAAAGUGAUAAUCAGUACAAAGCUGACUAUGCUGACUUCGUGAAGGGCAGUGGAUGGCUCCCUCUGGGCUCCGUAGAGGCUGAGAAAAACAAGAAAGCCAUGGAGAUUAUCAGUGAAAAGAAGUACCGCCAACACCCAGACACUUUGAAGUAUUCCACCUUGAUGGACUCAGUGAACAUGGUUUUGGCCAAGAAUAAUGCAAAAAUUAUGAACGAACACCUCUACAAACAAGCAUGGGAGGCUGACAAGACCAAAGUCCACAUCAUGUCUGAUAUCCCCCAGAUUACUCUGGCAAAGGCACAUGCAAUUAAUAUGAGUGAUAAACUCUACAAACUUUCUUUGGAAGAGUCUAAAAAGAAAGGGUAUGAUCUCAGAACUGAUGCCAUUCCUAUCAAAGCUGCCAAAGCCUCAAGAGAUAUUGCAAGCGAUUAUAAAUACAAACACAAUUAUGAAAAGGAGAGGGGGAAGAUGGUUGGUUUCCGCAGUCUUGAGGAUGAUCCCAAAUUAGUCCACUCCAUGCAAGUGGCCAAGAUGCAAUCUGAUCAGGAGUACAAGAAAAACUAUGAGAAAACCAAGACCAGCUACCACACCCCUGCUGACAUGCUCAGUGUCACGGCCGCCAAGGAUGCCCAAGCCAACAUCACCAACACCAACUACAAGCACCUGAUUCACAAGUACAUCCUCCUUCCAGACUCCAUGAACAUCCAGCUGUCCAAGAAUAUGAAUCACAUACAGAGUGAUAAUGAAUAUAAGCAGGACUACAAUGAAUGGUACAAAGGGCUUGGCUGGAGUCCAGCUGGUUCCCUAGAAGUGGAGAAGGCCAAGAAAGCAACUGAAAAUGCCAGUGAUCAGAAAUACCGCCAGCACCCUAGCAACUUCCAGUUUAAGAAGCUGAAUGACUCCAUGGACAUGGUUCUUGCCAAGCGGAAUGCGCAUACCAUGAACAAGUACCUAUACACCGUUGAUUGGAACAAAGAUAAAACCAAGGUUCAUGUGAUGCCAGAUACACCAGAUAUUUUACAAGCCAAGCAAAAUCAAACACACUACAGUCAGAAACUCUAUAAACUUGGAUGGGAAGAAGCUUUGAAGAAAGGCUAUGAUCUCCCAGUUGAUGCAAUUUCUGUACAAUUGGCCAAAGCUUCAAGAGACAUUGCUAGUGAUUUUAAAUAUAAACAAGGCUACCGCAAGCAAGUCGGCCACCAUAUUGGAUUCCGGAGUCUGCAAGAUGAUCCAAAGCUUGUGUUGUCCAUGAAUGUAGCCAAAAUGCAGAGUGAAAGGGAAUACAAGAAGGACUUUGAGAAGUGGAAAACCAAGUUCAGCAGCCCAGUGGACAUGCUUGGAGUGGUGCUGGCCAAAAAAUGCCAGGCCUUGGUCAGUGACAUAGACUACAAGAACUACCUGCACCAGUGGACAUGUCUGCCUGACCAGAAUGAUGUCGUUCAAGCUAAAAAGGUUUAUGAACUACAGAGUGAGAAUUUGUAUAAGUCUGACCUUGAGUGGCUGAGAGGCAUAGGAUGGAGUCCCCUGGGUUCUUUGGAGGCAGAAAACAACAAACGGGCUUCAAACAUCAUCAGUGAGAAGAAAUAUCGCCAGCCUCCAGACAGAAACAAGUUCACCAGCAUUCCUGAUGCCAUGGACAUAGUUCUGGCAAAGACAAAUGCCAAAAAUAGGAGUGAUAGACAUUAUAGAGAAGCUUGGGACAAGGACAAGACUCAAGUGCACAUCAUGCCUGAUACACCUGACAUUAUUCUGGCUAAAGCAAACUUAAUCAAUAUGAGUGAUAAACUCUACCGAAUGGGUUAUGAGGAGCUGAAGAAAAAAGGUUACGAUCUUCCUGUUGAUGCCAUACCACUCAAAGCAGCAAAAGCAUCCCGAGAAAUUGCCAGCGAAUACAAAUACAAAGUUGGUUACCGCAAGCAGCUUGGCCAUCACGUUGGAGCCCGGGAUGUGAAAGAUGACCCUAAGAUGAUGUGGUCCAUGCAUGUGGCCAAGAUCCAGAGUGACCGGGAGUACAAGAAGGACUUUGAGAAGUGGAAGACCAAGUUCAGCAGCCCAGUGGACAUGCUGGGGGUGGUGCUGGCCAAGAAGUGCCAGACGUUGGUCAGUGACAUAGACUACAAGAACUACCUGCACCAAUGGACCUGCCUGCCUGACCAGAGUGACGUCACCCAUGCUCGACAAGCCUAUGACCUCCAGAGUGAUAAUUUGUACAAGGCCGACCUUCAGUGGCUCAAAGGCAUUGGCUGGUUACCUAGUGGCUCUCUUGAGAAUGAGAGGAACAAGAGAGCUACCCAGAUUUUGAGUGACCACGUUUACCGUCAGCACCCAGAUAAAUUCACAUUUUCCAUCCUUAUGGACUCCAUCCCAAUGGUUUUGGCAAAAAACAACGCUAUUACCAUGAACCACCAUCUCUAUACAGAAGCUUGGGAUAAAGAUAAAACCACUGUCCACAUUAUGCCAGACACCCCUGAAGUUUUACAAGCUAAACAAAACCAAAUAAAUUUCAGUGAGAAACACUAUAAACUUGGCCUAGAAGAAACCAAGAAGAAAGGCUAUGAUAUGCGGAUAGAUGCCAUUCCCAUCAGGGCGGCCAAGGCCUCCAGAGACAUUGCAAGUGAAUUCAAAUACAAAGAAGAUUAUCGUAAGCAGCUUGGCCAUCACAUUGGUGCCCGAGCGAUACAUGACGACCCCAAGAUGAUGUGGUCCAUGCAUGUGGCCAAGAUCCAGAGUGACCGGGAGUACAAGAAGGACUUUGAGAAGUGGAAGACCAAGUUCAGCAGCCCAGUGGACAUGCUGGGGGUGGUGCAGGCCAAGAAGUGCCAGACUUUGGUCAGUGACAUAGACUACAAGAACUACCUGCACCAGUGGACCUGCCUGCCUGACCAGAGUGAUGUCAUGCACGCUCGGCACGCCUAUGACCUCCAGAGCGACAAUAUGUACAAGUCAGAUCUCCAAUGGCUGAGAGGCAUCGGUUGGGUUCCCAUUGGCUCUUUGGAUGUGGAAAACUGCAAAAAGGCAACUGAAAUUUUGAGUGAUAAAAUCUAUCGCCAGCCUCCAGACAAAUUCAGGUUUACCAGUGUGACUGAUUCUCUGGAACAAGUGUUGGCCAAGAACAACGCCAUCACUAUGAACAAGCGUUUAUACACAGAAGCCUGGGACAAAGACAAGACCCAGAUCCACAUCACACCAGACACACCAGAAAUUACGCUGGCAAGAAAGAACCAAAUCAACUACAGUGAGACUCUGUAUAAACUCGCCAAUGAAGAAGCAAAGAAGAAAGGCUAUGACUUGCGAAGCGAUGCCAUCCCAAUAGUGGCAGCCAAGGCCUCCAGGGACAUUGUCAGUGAUUAUAAAUACAAAGAUGGUUACCGCAAGCAGCUUGGCCAUCACAUUGGAGCCCGGGAUGUGAAGGAUGACCCUAAGAUGAUGUGGUCCAUGCAUGUGGCCAAGAUCCAGAGUGACCGGGAGUACAAGAAGGACUUUGAGAAGUGGAAGACCAAGUUCAGCAGCCCAGUGGACAUGCUGGGGAUGGUGCAGGCCAAGCAGUGCCAGACCUUGGUCAGUGACGUGGAUUACAAGAACUACUUGCACCAGUGGACCUGCCUGCCUGACCAGAAUGACAUCAUGCACGCUCGGCAGGCCUAUGACCUCCAGAGCGAUAACAUAUAUAAAUCAGAUCUCCAGUGGCUGAGAGGCAUUGGCUGGGUCCCCAUUGGGUCUGUGGAGGUAGUCAAGUGCAAGAGAGCUGCAGAGAUACUGAGUGACAACAUCUACCGCCAGUGUCCAGACAAGUUGAAGUUUACCAGUGUGACUGAUUCCCUGGAACAGGUGCUGGCCAAGAACAACGCCAUCACUAUGAACAAGCGCUUAUACACAGAAGCCUGGGACAAAGACAAGACCCAAAUCCACGUGAUGCCUGAUACACCUGAAAUUAUGUUGGCGAGACAAAAUAAAAUAAAUUAUAGUGAGAACCUCUAUCGCCAGGCCAUGGAAGAAGCCAAGAAAGAAGGCUAUGACUUAAGAAGUGACGCCAUUCCCAUCGUGGCUGCCAAGGCCUCCCGGGAUAUUGCCAGUGAUUACAAAUACAAAGAAACUUAUCGUAAGCAGUUGGGUCACCAUAUUGGUGCCCGGAUGAUACAUGAUGACCCCAAGAUGAUGUGGUCCCUCCACGUUGCCAAAAUGCAGAGUGACCGUGAGUACAAGAAAGAUUUUGAAAAAUAUAAGACCAGGUUCAGCAGCCCAGUGGACACGCUUGGUAUCGUUUUGGCCAAGAAAUGUCAGACCUUGGUCAGUGAUGUGGACUAUAAACAUCCUCUGCAUGAGUGGACCUGCCUGCCCGACCAGAAUGAUGUCAUCCAUGCUCGGAAAGCUUAUGACCUCCAGAGUGAUAAUUUGUAUAAGUCAGACCUUGAAUGGAUGAAAGGCAUUGGCUGGGUUCCAAUUGGCUCCGUGGAAGUAGUUAAAGCCAAGAGGGCCGGAGAGAUACUGAGUGAUAACAUCUACCGCCAGCGUCCAGACACACUGAAAUUUACCAGCAUAACUGACUCCCUGGAGCAGGUGCUGGCCAAGAACAAUGCUAUAAACAUGAGUAAGCACUUAUAUACUGAAGCCUGGGACAAUGACAAGAAAACAAUCCAUGUCAUGCCUGAUACACCAGAAAUCAUGCUAGCCAAACUCAACCGAAUAAACUACAGUGAUAAACUUUAUAAACUUGCUUUGGAGGAGUCAAAGAAGGAAGGCUAUGACUUGCGUGUGGAUGCCAUUCCAAUCCGAGCAGCCAAGGCAUCAAGAAAUAUUGCUAGUGAUUACAAGUACAAGGAAGGCUACCGCAAACAGCUUGGCCACCACAUUGGAGCCCGGGACAUCAAAGAUGACCCCAAGAUGAUGUGGUCCAUGCAUGCGGCCAAGAUCCAGAGUGACCGGCAGUACAAGAAGGACUUUGAGAAGUGGAAGACCAAGUUCAGUAGCCCAGUGGACAUGCUGGGGGUGGUGCAGGCCAAGAAGUGCCAGAUCCUUGUAAGCGACGUAGACUACAAGAAACCCCUUCAUGAAUGGACCUGUCUGCCUGAUCAGAAUGACAUCAUUCAGGCUCGGAAGGCCUAUGACCUUCAGAGUGAUGCUAUUUACAAGGCUGAUCUUGAGUGGCUGAGAGGCAUUGGGUGGGUGCCUAUUGGCUCUGUGGAGGUCGAGAAUGUGAAGAGAGCAGGAGAAAUCCUGAGUGACAGGAAGUACCGCCAGCCCGCAGACCAGCUCAAGUUCACAUGCAUUCCAGACACCCCAGAGAUUGUCCUGGCAAAGAAUAAUGCCCUGACCAUGAGCAAGCAUUUAUAUACAGAAGCCUGGGAUACUGACAAAACCUCCAUCCACAUGACGCAGGACACCCCAGGAAUCAUGCUGGCCAAGAGCAAUUCUGCCAAUAUCAGCCAAAAACUUUACACCAAGGGAUGGGAUGAAUCAAAGAUGAAGGACUAUGAUCUGAGAGCUGAUGCUAUUCCCAUCAAGAGUGCCAAGGCCUCGAGGGACAUUGCCAGUGAUUACAAAUACAAAGAAGCAUAUGAGAAACAGAAAGGCCACCACAUUGGAGCCCGGAGCAUUGAAGAUGACCCCAAGAUUAUGUGUGCCAUACAUGCAGGGAAGAUUCAAAGUGAAAGAGAGUAUAAAAAGGAUUUCCAGAAGUGGAAGACCAAGUUCAGUAGCCCAGUGGACAUGUUAGGCAUCUUGCUGGCCAAGAAAUGUCAGAUUCUGGUCAGUAACAUUGAUUAUCGAAAUUACCUGCGUCACUGGACGUGCUUACCUGAUCAAAACGACAUUAUCCAAGCAAGGAAGGCCUAUGAACUACAGAGUGAUGCCAUCUAUAAGGCUGACUUGGAGUGGCUGCGUGGCAUCGGCUGGGUGCCCGAAGGGUCUCCUGAAGUACUGAGAGUGAAAAAUGCCCAGCAUAUCCUACAAGACAGUGUCUAUCGGACACCUGUGGUGAAACUCAAGUACACAAGUAUCGUUGACACACCUGAAGUUGUCCUUGCUAAAUCAAAUGCUGAAAAUAUUAGUAUUCCAAAGUACAGAGAAGCUUGGGACAUGGAUAAAACUUCAAUCCACAUAAUGCCAGAUACUCCAGAAAUUAAUCUCGCUAGAGCCAACACUCUUAAUAUGAGCAAUAAAAUUUACCGCGAAGGUUGGGAUGAGAUGAAGAUGAGCUGUGAUGUACGGCUGGACGCCAUCCCCAUCCAGGCUGCCAAGGUCUCCAGGGAGAUCGCCAGUGAUUAUAAAUACAAGCUUGACCAUGAGAAGCAGAAGGGACACUACGUGGGUACCCUCACAGCAAGGGAUGACAACAAGAUCCGCUGGGCCCUCAUAGCUGGCAAGAUUCAGAAUGAAAGAGAGUACCGUCUGCAGUGGGCCAAAUGGAAGUCUAAGUUCCAGAGCCCUCCGGAUAUGCUUUCCAUCACGCACUCUAAACAUUGCCAGGCUCUGGUCAGCGACAUUGAUUAUCGCAAUUACCUGCACCAAUGGAUGUGCCUGCCUGACCAGCACGACGUGAUUCAGGCCAGGAAAGCCUACGAUCUGCAAAGCGAUGCUAUUUACAAGGCUGACUUGGAAUGGUUACGUGGGAUCGGCUGGACACCAGAUGAUUCUGUUUCUUUCAAUCAUGCUAAGCACGCUGCAGAUAUCUUCAGUGAGAAAAAAUAUCGCACAAAAAUAGAAACUCUCAACUUUACUCCCGUGGAUGACAGAGUUGAUUACGUGACAGCAAAACAAAGUGGUGAAAUCCUAAAUGAUAUUAAAUACCGAAAAGAUUGGAAUGACACCAAAUCAAAGUACACCCUCACAGAAACCCCUCAGCUGCACGCUGCUCAGGAGGCAGCCCGAAUACUGGACCAGUAUCUCUACAAGGAAAGCUGGGAGAAACAAAAAGCCACCAGUUACAUUUUGCCUCCGGAUGCUGUGCCGUUUGUUCAUGCCCAUCACUCUCGUGACGUUCAGAGCGAGCUGAAAUACAAAGCUGACCAUGUCAAGCAGAAAGGUCAUUAUGUUGGUGUCCCGACAAUGAGAGAUGAUCCUAAACUGGUUUGGUUCGAGCACGCAGGCCAGAUUCAGAAUGACAGACUAUACAAACAGCACUAUCAUAAAACAAAGGCCAACAUCAAUAUACCUCCUGAUAUGGUCUCAGUGUUGGUGGCCAAGGAGGGGCAGGCCCUUGUCAGUGAUACUGAUUACCGCAAUUACCUGCACCAAUGGACGUGUCACCCUGACCAAAAUGAUGUUAUUCAGGCAAGGAAGGCCUAUGACCUACAAAGCGAUAAUGUCUACAAAGCUGACCUGGAGUGGCUUCGAGGCAUUGGUUGGAUCCCCCUGGAUUCUGUAGACCAUGUGAGGGUUACCAAGAACCAGGAAAUGGUGAAUCAGAGAAACUAUAAGAAAGAUGCUCUUGCCAACUAUCCUAACUUUACAAGCGUGGUGGAUCCUCCAGAGAUUGUUCUGGCCAAGAUUAACUCAGUCAAUCAAAGUGAUGUAAAAUAUAAAGAAACAUUUAAUAAAUUAGUAAAGGGCAAGUAUAUCUUUUCUCCAGAUACACCAUAUAUCACCCAUUCCAAAGACAUGGGAAAACUCUACAGUACCAUACUGUAUAAAGGAGCGUGGGAGGGAAACAAGGCCUAUGGCUACACCUUGGACGAACGCUAUAUUCCUAUUGUUGGAGCCAAGCAUGCUGACUUUGUGAACAGUGAGCUUAAAUACAAAGAGACCUAUGAGAAGCUGAAGGGUCACUACCUGGCUGGAAAAGAAAUCAGUGAGUUCCCCAACGUGGUUCACUGUCUGGAUUUCCAAAAGAUGAGGAGUGCGUUGAACUACAGGAGACAUUAUGAGGACACCAAAGCAAGUAUUCAUAUACCCAAUGAUAUGAUGAAUCACGUGCUAGCUAAAAGGUGCCAGUACAUCCUCAGUGACCUGGAGUACCGACACUACUUCCACCAGUGGACGUCUCUUCCAGAAGAACCCAAUGUUAUGCGGGUCCAAAACGCGCAGGAGAUGUUGAGUGAUAAUGUGUAUAAAAGUGACUUGAAUUGGCUGAAAGGCAUUGGAUGCUACGUUUGGGAUACACCCCAGAUCCUCCAGGCCAAGAAAUCAUAUGACCUCCAGAGUCAGAUACAAUACACGGCAGCAGGUAAAGAAAAUCUAAAAAAUUAUAACCUGGUCACAGAUACACCGCUUUACGUGACUGCUCUUCAAAGCGGCAUUAAUGCCAGUGAGGUGAAAUAUAAAGAAAAUUAUCAUCAGAUUAAAGACAAAUAUACGACAGUUCUAGAAACGGUGGAUUAUGACAGAACCAAGAAUCUGAAGGAUCUGUAUAGCAGUAACCUGUACAAGGAGGCCUGGGAUAGAGUGAAAGCCACCAGCUAUAUCCUGCCUUCCAACACCAUGUCCCUGACACACGUCAAGAACCAGAAGGAUCUGGCCAGCCAUAACAAAUAUCGGGAAGAAUAUGAAAAGUUCAAAGCUCUUUAUACUUUACCCAAAACUGUUGAAGAUGAUCUGAACACGGCACGGUGCCUCCGAGUUGGCAAGUUUAACAUCGACCGCCUGUACAGAUCAGUUUAUGAGAAGAACAAGAUGAAAAUCCACGUGGUGCCCGACAUGGUAGAGAUGGUUACCGCUAAGGAUUCUCAGAAGAAAAUCAGCGAGAUCGAUUACCGCCUUCACCUCCACGAGUGGAUUUGCCAUCCCGACUUGCAAAUCAACAGUCACGUCAGGAAGGUCACAGACGAGAUCAGCGAUAUUGUGUACAAGGAUGAUCUCAACUGGCUGAAAGGCAUCGGUUGCUACAUCUGGGACACUCCUGAGAUUCUCCACGCCAAGCAUGCUUAUGAUCUACGCAAUGAUAUCAAGUACAAAGCUCACGUGCAGAAAACAAGGAAUAACUACAAGUUGGUUACUGACACUCCCAUCUAUGUUCAGGCUGUCAAAAGUGGGAAACAACUAAGUGACGCCGUCUACCACCAUGACUACAUACACAGCGUCAGAGGCAAAGUGGCUCCAACCACAAAAACUGUGGAUCUGGACCGGGCCCUUCAUGCACACAAGCUCCAGAGUGAGCACCUGUACCGAAGAGCUGGCCUGCACUCCCUGCCCACUGGAUAUAGGCUUCCGGUUGACACCCCUCACUUCAAACACACCAAGGACACCCGAUACAUGAGCAGCUAUUUCAAGUACAAAGAAGUUUAUGAACACAUGAAGGCAAGUGGGUAUACCCUUGGACCCAAUGACGUCCCAUUUGUCAAUGUCCGAAGGGUCAACAACGUUACCAGCGAGAGACUGUAUCGACAGUUGUACCACACACUGAAAGACAAGAUCCACACAACUCCCGACACGCCUGAAAUCCGCCAAGUCAGGAAGACACAAGAGGCUGUCAGCGAGUUGAUUUACAAAUCAGACUUCUUCAAGAUGCAAGGCCAGAUGAUCUCUCUGCCAUUCACACCCCAAGUGCUCCAUUGCCGCUACGUGGGAGACAUCACCAGUGAUAUUAAAUACAAAGAAGACUUGCAGAUCCUGAGGGGACUGGGCUGCUUCCUGUAUGACACUCCUGACAUGGUCCGCUCCCGGCACCUGCGGAAGCUCUGGUCUAAUUACCUGUACACCGAUAAUGCAAGGAAGAUGCGAGACAAAUACAAAGUGGUGCUUGACACUCCAGAAUACAGAAAAGUGCAGGAAUUGAAGACACAUCUGAGUGAACUGGUGUACAGAGCUGCAGGCAAGAAGCAGAAGUCAAUCUUCACUUCAGUUCCUGAUACUCCUGAUCUUAUAAGAGCCAAGCGAGGGCAGAAGCUUCAGAGUCAGUAUCUGUAUGUUGAACUUGCCACCAAAGAGAGACCACAUCAUCAUGCUGGAAACCAGACCACAGCCUUGAAGCAUGCUAAAGACGUGAAGGACAUGGUCAGUGAGAAAAAGUACAAAAUUCAAUAUGAAAAGAUGAAGGACAAGUACACUCCAGUUCCAGAUACGCCAAUCCUCAUCAGAGCCAAGAAGGCUUACUGGAAUGCCAGUGAUCUACGCUAUAAAGAAACAUUUCAAAAGACCAAAGGGAAAUACCGCACUGUGAAGGAUGCUCUAGACAUCAUUUAUCAUCGCAAAGUCACAGACCACAUCAGUAAAAUAAAAUACAAGGCGAACUACAUGAGCCAGCUGGGAAUCUGGAAGUCCAUUCCUGAUCACCCUGAGCAUUUCCGUCAUCGAGCAGUCACUGAUGCAGUCAGUGAUGUAAAAUAUAAAGAAGAUUUGACCUGGCUUAAAGGCAUCGGUUGCUAUGCCUUUGAUACCCCUGACUUCACUCUGGCUGAAAAGAACAAGACUCUCUACAGCAAGUAUAAGUAUAAAGAGGUAUUUGAAAGGACGAAGUCAGAUUUCAAGUAUGUUGCUGAUUGUCCAAUCAAUAGGCAUUUCAAGUUCGCAACUCAAUUGAUGAAUGAGAAAAAAUACAGAGCUGAUUAUGAGCAGCGGAAAGAUAAAUACCACCUGGUAGUCGAUGAGCCUAGACAUCUGCUGGCUAAGAUCGCAGGCGACCAGAUCAGUCAGAUCAACUACAGGAAAAAUUAUGAAAAAACAAAGGACAAGUUUACCUCAGUUGUGGAUACUCCAGAACACCUACGUACUACAAAAGUCAACAAACAAAUUAGUGAUAUACUGUAUAAGUUGGAAUACAACAAGGCCAGACCCAGAGGCUACACCACAAUCCAUGACACACCCAUGUUGCUGCAUGUCCAGAAGGUCAAAGAUGAAGUCAGUGAUCUGAAAUACAAAGAAGUUUACCAGAGAACUAAGUCCAACUGUACCAUUGAGCCUGAUGCUGUUCAUAUCAAAGCAGCCAAGGAUGCCUACAAAGUCAACACCAAUCUUGAUUACAAGAAGCAGUAUGAAGCCAACAAAGCCCACUGGAGAUGGACCCCUGACCGACCGGACUUCAUCCAGGCCGCCAAGUCAUCCCUACAGCAAAGCGAUUUUGAAUACAAGCUGGACCGGGAGUUCCUCAAAGGUUGCAAGCUUUCUGUCACUGAUGAUAAAGACAUGGUGCUGGCCCUGAAGAAUUCUAUAAUAGAAAGUGAUCUGAAAUACAAACAGAAACAUGUCAAGGAAAGAGGAACCUACCAUGUCGUGCCCGAUACACCUCAGAUCCUCCUGGCAAAGACAGUCAGCAAUCUGGUGUCCGAGAACAAGUACAAGCAGCAUGUGAAGAAGCACUUGGCUCAGGGCUCAUACACAACACUGCCGGAGACCCGGGACACCAUUCAUGUCAAGGAAGUGACCAGGAACGUCAGUGAUACAAAUUACAAGAAGAAGUUUGUCAAGGAGAAAGGAAAAUCCAACUACUCCAUCAUGCUGGAGCCCCCAGAGGUGAAACAUGCUAUGGAGGUGGCCAAGAAGCAGAGUAAUGUCGCUUACAAAAAAGAUGCUAAAGAAAACCUGCAUUACACAACAGUGGCCGAUCGACCAGACAUCAAGAAGGCCACGCAGGCAGCCAAACAGGCCAGCGAGGUGGAGUACAGAGCCAAGCACCGCAAGGAAGGCAGCCACGGGCUAAGCAUGCUUGGUCGCCCAGACAUUGAAAUGGCCAAGAAGGCAGCCAAGCUGAGCAGCCAGGUUAAAUACCGAGAAAAUUUCAACAAAGAGAAGGGCAAGACACCCAAAUACAACCCCAAAGACAGCCAGCUCUUCAAAACCAUGAAAGAUGCUAAUAAUCUCACAAGUGAGGUUAAGUAUAAGGCUGACUUGAAGAAACUUCACAAACCUGUGACUGACAUGAAGGAAUCUUUGAUAAUGAAUCAUGUCUUGAAUACAAGCCAACUCGCCAGUUCUUACCAGUACAAGAAAAACUAUGAGAAGAGUAAAGGCCACUACCACACAAUACCCGACAAUCUGGAGCAGCUUCAUCUAAAAGAGGCCACAGAAUUACAGAGUGUAGUGAAAUACAAAGAAAAGUAUGAAAAGGAACGAGGAAAGCCCAUGUUGGACUUUGAAACACCAACCUACAUCACUGCCAAAGAGUCUCAGCAGAUGCAGAGUGGGAAAGAAUAUAAGAAAGAUUAUGAAGAGUCCAUUAAAGGCAGAAACCUGAUUGGCCUGGAGGUCACGCCAGCUUUAUCACACGUCAAAUAUGCAACCAAAAUAGCCAGCGAGAAAGAGUACAGGAAAGAUCUAGAGGAAAGCAUCCGUGGGAAGGGUCUCAGUGAAAUGGAAGAUACGCCAGACAUGCUAAGAGCAAAGAACGCCACUCAGAUCCUCAAUGAGAAAGAAUAUAAGAGAGACCUGGAGCUGGAAGUCAAAGGAAGAGGCCUGAAUGCCAUGGCCAAUGAAACUCCCGACUUCCUCAGAGCCAGGAAUGCUGCAGAUAUUGCCAGUCAGGUUAAGUAUAAGCAAUCAGCAGAAAUGGAAAAAGCCAAUUUCACUUCUGUGGUUGAUACUCCGGAGAUCAUUCAUGCCCAACAAGUCAAGAACCUUUCAAGCCAGAAAAAGUACAAGGAAGAUGCAGAGAAGUGCAUGUCAUAUUAUGAGACCGUUUUGGACACCCCAGAGAUGCAGAGGAUCCGGGAGAACCAAAAGAACUUCAGCCUUCUUCAAUACCAGUGUGACCUUAAAAACAGUAAAGGAAAAAUUACAGUUGUUCAAGACACGCCAGAAAUACUGCGUGUUAAAGAAAAUCAAAAGAAUUUCAGCUCGGUUUUAUAUAAAGAAGAUGUCUCACCAGGAACGGCGAUUGGAAAGACACCUGAGAUGAUGAGAGUGAAGCAAACCCAGGACCAUAUUAGCUCGGUGAAGUAUAAGGAGGCGGUUGGACAAGGAACCCCGAUCCCAGACCUGCCUGAAGUGAAGCGCGUCAAGGAGACCCAGAAGCACAUCAGCUCGGUUUUGUACAAAGAAAACUUGGGAACAGGCAUUCCAACCCCUGUCACUCCAGAGAUUGAGAGAGUCAAACGCAAUCAAGAGAACUUUAGCUCGGUUUUGUACAAAGAAAAUCUGGGGAAAGGAACCCCAACUCCUGUCACUCCAGAGAUGGAGAGAGUCAAACGCAAUCAAGAGAACUUUAGCUCGGUGUUAUACAAAGAAAACAUGGGCAAGGGAACCCCUUUACCUGUCACUCCAGAGAUGGAGAGAGUCAAACACAAUCAAGAAAACAUUAGCUCGGUUUUGUACAAAGAAAAUGUGGGGAAAGGCACCCCAACCCUUGUCACUCCAGAGAUGCAGAGAGUCAAACGCAAUCAAGAGAACAUUAGCUCGGUGUUAUACAAAGAGAACCUGGGGAAAGCCACCCCCGCACUCUUUACUCCCGAGAUGGAAAGAGUCAAACGCAAUCAAGAAAACUUUAGCUCGGUAUUGUACAAAGAGAAUAUGAGAAAAGCAACUCCGACACCGGUCACUCCAGAGAUGGAGAGAGCUAAGCGCAACCAAGAAAACAUUAGCUCGGUGCUUUAUUCUGAUAGCUUCCGGAAACAAAUACAAGGCAAAGCUGCCUAUGUCUUGGACACGCCAGAGAUGAGACGGGUGAGGGAGACCCAACGCCACAUCUCAACGGUGAAGUAUCAUGAAGACUUCGAGAAACACAAGGGUUGCUUCACACCAGUGGUGACAGACCCCAUCACUGAACGAGUAAAGAAGAACACACAGGACUUCAGUGACAUUAACUACCGAGGUAUUCAGAGAAAAGUGGUAGAAAUGGAACAAAAACGGAAUGACCAGGAUCAGGAAACUAUUACAGGUUUACGUGUCUGGCGUACAAAUCCUGGCUCAGUUUUUGACUAUGAUCCAGCAGAAGACAACAUUCAGUCCCGAAGCUUACACAUGAUUAAUGCACAAGCUCAGCGGCGGAGCCGGGAGCAUUCUCGAUCUGCCAGUGCGCUGAGCGUCAGCGGCGGUGAGGAGAAGUCCGAGCAUUCAGAAGGUGCCCACCUCUCCACCUACAGCGACGGAGGCGUCUUCUUCUCUGCAACCUCACCAGCUUACAAACAUGCAAAAACCACAGAGCUCCCACAGCAACGAUCAUCUUCAGUUGCUACCCAGCAGACAACGGUAUCCUCCAUCCCAUCUCAUCCAUCUACUGCUGGAAAAAUCUUCCGUGCCAUGUAUGACUAUAUGGCUGCAGAUGCAGAUGAGGUGUCCUUCAAAGAUGGAGAUGCCAUUGUAAACGUUCAAACUGUUGAUGAAGGUUGGAUGUAUGGCACCGUGCAGAGGACUGGCAGGACGGGCAUGCUCCCAGCCAAUUAUGUUGAAGCUAUUUAA